AUGAACGUAGGCCUUGCAAUUACUCGCGAGUCCUCGGCUCGCGCUACUCGCGAGUUCGAGUCAGAAAGUCCGGCUCGCGAGCCGUACGACGGGAAGACUCGCGAGUUCGAGCCAGAAGUGCGAACCGGCUCGCGAGUCGAGUCCAAAAAGCCGGCUCGCCGCGAGUAA